GUUUACUUUAUGAUGUAAUCUUAUUCUCUCCCAAAAAUAUAUAUAAUAAAUAUUAUAUAAAACUAAAAUAAAAAAAUGAAACAAAAAUUAAUAUAAAAAUUGAGAACUGCUACCCUUUGGCUUCUCAACUACGCCUUUGCGUUCAUGCCCCCUCACUCCCUCCUUCCGAUUGUUUUAUUUUUCUUCCUCUCCCCUCCCCACUUCUUUGACUAACACAAGGCCGGCGAACGCCCGUCUCCUACCAUCCAUCUCCCGCAUAAAACCGCCCUCUCUCUCUCUCUCCCUCAUUUCUCCUGCGCCCACGCUUUUUCCUCUCCUUUCGUCGCACUUCCAUUUCUCGCAAUUGAGAUCAAGAUGUAUAUCGGCGGCGGCGGCGGCAUGAGUCCGUCGUCUAUCGUGGUAUCCGCUGCGUGCGGCGUGGCGAUAUUGCGGAUCGUUCUAUCUCUAAAAUCUCUUAUUUAUCUGCUGGGACGGUGGUGGCGGUGGCUGGACGAGCGUGCGCAGGUCUACCAAUACUUCGAGAUACCCAAGUACAUAAAAGAAGGCGGCGGUAGCGGCAGGCAGGAGGAGGAGGAGAACCCGCUGUACCGGAAGGCGGCCGCGUACGUGGCGUCGCUGCCGUCCCUCGAAGACGCCGACGCGGCGGCGAUCUCCUCGUCGGCGCGCAAGCCCAACGACUUCGCCCUCCACCUCGCCCCGCGCCACUCCGCCCACGACUCCUAUCUCGGCGCCCGCCUCUCCUGGUCCGACGCCGGCGCCGGCGCGCUCGUCCUGCGCGUGCGGCGGCAGGACCGGACGCGGGUGCUCCGGCCCUACCUGCAGCACGUCGAGUCCGUGGCCGACGAGAUCGAGCUCCGGCGCCGCGGGCUCCGCCUCUUCACCAACUCCCCCGGCGGCGGGGGGGGCUGGAGCGCCGGCGCGGCGUUCGCGCACCCGGCGACGCUCGACGCGGUGGCGAUGGACGCGGAGCUGAAGGCGCGCGUCCGCGCGGACCUGGAGGCGUUCCUGAAGGGCCGCGCGUACUACCACCGGCUGGGGCGCGUGUGGCGGCGCAGCUACCUCCUCUACGGCGCGCCCGGCACGGGCAAGUCCUCGUUCGCCGCCGCCAUGGCCCGGUUCCUCGGGUACGACGUCUACGACCUCGACCUCGCGCGCGCCCCCGACCCCCGCGCGCUCCUCCUCCGCACGACGCCCCGCUCCCUGAUCCUCGUGGAGGACCUCGACCGCCACCUCGCCGCGCCCGAGCCCGAGCCCGAGCGGCGGCUGACGGGGAUCCUGGGCUUCAUGGACGGGAUCUUCUCGUGCUGCGGCGACGAGAGGGUGAUGGUGUUCACGAUGAGCGGGGCCGGGGGGAAGGAGACGCUGGAUCCCGCGGUCCUCCGGCCGGGGCGCCUGGACGUGCACAUCCACUUCCCGCUCUGCGACUUCGCGGCGUUCAAGACGCUGGCGAGCAGCUACCUGGGGCUGAGGGAUCACAAACUCUACCCGCAGGUCGAGGAGGGGUUCCAGUCCGGGGCCCGCCUCAGCCCCGCCGAGGUGGGCGAGAUCAUGAUCGCCAACCGGGGAUCCCCCAGCCGGGCGAUCAAGUCCGUCAUCAGCGCCCUCCUGCAGCAGCAGCAGCAGCAGCAGCUGCAGGCGUCGAAUUGCGGGCCCAGAAGCAGCACCGUGGGGCGGAGGCUCAACGAGAGCUGGUCCGCCCGGAAAUUCGAUGAGAUCGCCAACGGGGACGGAGGACCGUCGGGGCUGGGGCUCUCCGGGGAGAACACAUUGAAGGAAUUCAAGAAGCUGUAUGGCUUCCUUAAGAUUAGGAGCGGCAGCAGAAAGGAGGGCACCAUUGCGGCCGCGGCGGCGGCGACAGCAGCAAAUGGCAACAACAUGAAUGGCGUCGAUCAUAACAAGGAGUGGUGAAAUUGAAAGGAAACUUAAGAAAUUUGGAUUACUCGGUAUAUUGGUUUCCAUUCCAUGUAAUUUAGAUACUCUGGCUUUUUUUUUUCUUUUUUUUUAAUCUUUUUAUUCCUGCUCCAAGAAGUGGAGGUUUUAUUUGACUAUUUGAUUUUGGGGGCAAAGGGGCCUAAGAACAGAAAAGGGUUGUGUAAAUUACAAGUGACACUGCUUGUGCCCUGGAAUUUGGGACUUAUUUUCAGCCACAUCAUGCAAAGAGUUAAAAAAAAAAAAAAAAGUACACAAAACGUGUGCAUCAUUAUUGAGGAUA